AUCGCGCCAAAGCAAUUACAAAAUUAAUGAUAGACCACCCGGUAGUUCAGUGUUAUUUCAGCUUUUGAACUCGCAAGAGAAUGAACUCAUUUGUUCAGUGUGCCGAGGAAUUUCGUCUGGAAUAGAGCUGCAAUAUGUAUUUGAUAUUGCUGGUGACGAUAUCGCUUGCAUUGCUUGUGAAUUACUUAAGACGCAUUUACACCCACUGGCAGCGAGAGGGCAUAGAGGAGGAGCCAGCUAAGUUUCCGUUUGGCAUCUUGGAUGCGCUCGUUAAACGCCAGCGAAGCUUUGGAAUCAUCGUUAGCGAUGUCUACGAACAACACAAAUCCCAGAUUGUGGGCAUCUAUAUGAUGCACAAGCCGACCAUAUUGGUGCGAGAUGCGCAAUUGGCUCGUCAGGUGAUGACCAGCGAAUUCAAUAGCUUCCACGAUCGGGGUGUUUAUGUCGAUGAGAAACGCGAUCCGCUGUCGGCGAACCUCUUCAAUCUACAGGGUGCUGCAUGGCGCAAUCUACGCAAUAAACUGACGCCCUCGUUCUCGUCGGGUAAGAUCAAGGGCAUGUUCAGCACCAUUGAUGAUGUGGGCGACAGACUGGUGCAGCAUUUAAUGGGUCUCAUUGAGAAGGCACCAAAUGAUCCAAUCGAAAUUAAACAGAAGCUCACAACCUAUGCAAUUGAUAUUAUUGGCUCAGUGAUAUUCGGUCUUGAGAUUGAUAGUUUUACCAAUCCAAAGAAUGAGUUCCGUGCCGUCAGCGAUUCCCUUCUGGUAGAGGAUGGAAUUUUGAUCAAGAUGCACAAUAUGGCUUCGGUAAUAUUUCCACCGGUUGCCAAGCUCAUGAAUCGUUUGGGCUUUGAAAAUAAAGUUAUGAUCAAGUUGCGGGACAUUAUGCAGCACACAAUUGAGUUCCGGGAGCGUCACAAUGUCGUCCGUAAGGAUCUGCUCCAAUUGCUGAUUCGCUUGCGCAAUACGGGCAAGAUUGGUGAUGAUGAUGACGAAGUGUGGGACAUUGAGACAGCACAGGAGGAACUCAAGGCCAUGUCCAUAGAUAAGAUUGCCGCCCAGGCAUUUCUAUUCUACAUAGCUGGCUCGGAAACAACAGCAGCUGCAUCAGCCUUCACGCUCUACGAACUUGCCAUGUAUCCUGAGCUGCUGAAAGAAGCACGCGAUGAGUUGGAUGUUGUUAUGGAACGCCAUAAUCUCAAGCCAGGCGAUAAGUUCACCUAUGAAGCGGUGCAGGAUCUAAAAUUCUUGGAGCUGUGUAUAUUGGAAACUAUUCGAAAAUAUCCUGCACUGCCUUUUCUGAAUCGCGAAUGCACUAAGGACUUUCAUGUGGAUGAUAUGAACUACACUAUCAAGAAAGGCACGCCGAUUUUGAUCUCGCUCCUUGGCCUGCAUCGCGAUCCCGCCUACUUUCCGAAUCCCAUGGACUACGACCCCCAUCGAUAUGAUGCGGACAAUAUGAACUACGAUCCGACAGCAUAUAUGCCCUUUGGCGAGGGUCCCAGGCACUGCAUAGCGUUGCGCAUGGGCAAGGUUAAUGCCAAGGUGGCUGUGGCUAAGGUGCUGGCCAACUUUAAUUUGAUACCAGCUCCACGCAAGGAAAUCAAAUUCCGCUUUGAUCCUACCCCGGUACUGAUGCCUGAGGGGGGCUUGAGUGUGCGUCUAUCAAAGCGUGCCUGAACAUUUAUUAUACAAUAUAAUAUAUAUGUGCUUAUGUGUACAAUAACUUUGUAAGUUCAAUGAAUAAUAAAUUCAAAACGAUAUUAAAAGAAA